GUUUUCUUUAUUCACCUAAAGAUUGCCGCGCAGUUUGGACGUGUUUUGAGUCGCGUUUAAAAAAUUUACGACCACUUAAUAACUAACUAACGAAAUUAAUUAAAUAAAAACAUUAAAUUUACUUACAAAAAAAAAAAAAAAACAAAGAAAAAUACGAAGUAACGACUUUUACAGAAUUUAUUGAAACAGUUCCGAACGAGCAUUUAGAGCGGUUGUGUGAAAGAUACUUUCAAUUCAGUUUAAUAUGUGGAAGCUUUUAUUUAUUUGCUUAGCGGUAACCAUUAUGAACACCGCAGCAGGUAGCUAUGCUAGCGCAGGUGGGUUUGCCGGUGCAAGUGCCGGAGGCUUUGGUACUGGCGGCUAUACUGGUGGGUAUGCUGGAGACUAUGGUACCGGUAACUUCGUUGGUACAGGUUUCGGUUAUGCACCAGAAUUUGGUUUUGGUUUCAUUGACCCGUUCGUAUUCCAUCAGCAAUUGACUGCUUCGAUAUUGGCUCAACAUGCAGCACAAAAUAGUGCACUAGCUUCGACAUAUUCUACGGGCGAUGCUUCUGUUUACGCUGAUGCUUCUCAGUAUCCCGAUGAUGAGCAAAUACAGCAACAAAUUGCAGCACAACAAGGCUACUUCGAUAACGUAAGACGUCAGCCAGGUUAUUAUAAUAAGGGUUACAAAUCUCACCGUUAUGCACCCAAUUUCGCAGCCGCUGGUGCUUCAAUUGGACCUGGUGGUUAUACACAAACUGCCUAUAUUAGUCCCGAAAAUCCCUCUGUACCCAACAUACAUAACAGAUUCUCAUCUGGUUCCGGUCCUGGAGGUUAUAAGGGUGUUUCGGUCAGCUCAUUCAGUUCCAGCUCCGAUGUUGAUGGCAAGCGAACAAACUAUCGUGGUGCUCAAACUACAAUAAAUGAUAAUGGCAAGGUUACCACAUACAGGGUGCAUUCUUAAGUUAUUCACAGACACAUGGAGUUUUAUGAUAUUAUAUAUAAUAUAUAUAUUUAAAAAAAAGUGUUAAGAUUGGAUUUGUGUAUAAAUGUAA